UGUAUCUCUGUGACACUUUAGGUGGAGCAUCUAAUCCAGGAGCGUGGCUGGGAGUUCAUGUGGAACGAGCGCCUGGGCUACAUCCUCACCUGCCCCUCCAACCUGGGCACAGGCCUGAGAGCUGGUGUGCACGUCAAACUGCCCAAACUCAGCCAGGAUGCCCGCUUUGGCAAGAUCCUGGAAAACAUGCGUCUGCAGAAACGCGGCACUGGUGGCGUGGACACAGCUGCCGUGGGUGACACCUUUGACAUCUCAAACAAUGACCGUCUGGGAAAGUCUGAGGUCGAGCUGGUUCAGACACUAAUAGACGGCAUCAACUUCCUGAUCGAGUGCGAGAAGCGCUUGGAGAAAGGCCAGGACUUCAAAGUCCCGCCUCCCGUGUCUCAGUUCAAGAAGUGAUGUGGCAUUGCCUGAGUCUGAGGGGAAGUGAGGGCCCAGCACCGUUGGGAGACAAAAGCUCUCCUUCUACCGCCUCGACACAGAAGGUCUUACAUGUACAAAAACAACAAUGAAAUAAAUUAACCUUUAAAAAAAUUAAAAAAA